CUGACAAGUAUUAACAAGCAUUAAAUGCAGAAUUGUGGCAUAGGGCCAAAAGUUCAACGCCAAAUACUCAGCAGCUCUGCGAUUAAUUGCGAAAUAAAUACUGUUUUUUCCAAAGUGACUUGAUCUCCUAGCUUGAAGAUCUUCAAGUGUCGCCAUAUCAAGUACAUUCAUAUCCAGUCACCUUUCUUGCCGCCGCAAACAACUACUCAUUACUCCCUACUGCAAUGGCGCCCAACAACAUCAAAAUCAUAAGGGCGAUUGUAGCAGUAACGCUGCUUUCGAUAUCAGUAUGGACUGCUAUGACUAUGGAUCUAGAAAAGAUUGUUGUACAACAACAACCAUUCGUUGAGUCCGGAAUCAUAGAGUGGACAUCUGGUAGUGUCCCAAUCAUUGACCAUUUCUUCCCAAUUGAAAUAUUUAAUCAGAUAUGGCGGGGUACGAUGGCUACGUUUAGUCCAUCAACGCUUGGUUACGACGAAGUCGCAUCGUGGCAGAUGUUUUCCUUUCUCACUGAUCUCGGACCGCUGUACACAAUAUUUUUGUUGGAGUCGUUUCGCCCAGCAAACGCUCUGAGUCCAGCAUACUUUCCUACAAUCUUCACAUUCUUGGCGCAGUUCUCUGGUAUCGGAAUCGUUGCUCCUUUCUUCUUAUUCCUUUGUCUUAUCUUCGGUCCAGGUGCACAGGAUCUUGCAAAACUUCCACCCUCAUCUCGCACAGUCCGUCACAACGACACCUGGACACUACUUCCUGUUGUGCUGCUGCUGCAUAACGCGGAGCUAUUUCUCAUGUUCCUUGCAACCGAUCUUACAACGAGACACUACUGGACCUGGGCAUGGCAGGCAUCCCCCUUAUGGAUUGGUAUCGCUGUCGCUGUUGGCUCAAGUAUUACCAAAGAUCGGAUCGCAGGUACAAGAUCAUUUGCAAGCUUGGGAAGCCUACUCGCGAUUCUCGGUGCUAUCUCCACAGCUGUGUGGCUCUUUACAAUCACAUCUUCACCUUUCCCGAUCGCGACAAUCUUUCUUCCAAGAGUCGAAGUGCAAUCAGAUUUUGUCCUUCAUACGCGAAAAGCCCUUCAAGCGGAUGAAGCGGGCACAUUUCUGGCCGCAUUUUUAUGGUUGAUAUUUUCCUUCUACGACCUUCAUAUAGCUGGACUGCUAGAUGGCAAAUGGCUGCUUUACAGUAUAACUCUUCCCGUUGCGACUAUAUUUGCUGGACCAGGUACUGCUCUGAUAAUAGGCUGGUAUUUGAAGGAAACCACUUUAAAAGCAAACUGAAUGUCGAAAGUUUUGGUAUGAACGUAGGUGAAUGACUUCAAUUCAAUGGCCACUGUACGUAAUAAGCCUAAGCGAAUACGAAAGAGACUAUCUCUAAGGUUUCAGUAGAUGAUUCUUAUUUAAGACCUACUAUCUAUAUUAAAUAU